AUGGCGUGGAAUGACAUGAUUCAGGACAAUCUAGGAUUUUCUACCUUCCGGUGCACUAUAUAUGAACUCUUGGACAACUAUGAGCUCUACAUAAUGGAAACGACCCUCAUGCCUGAUGAGGAUGGCAAUUUAGAAGAGCCCGAGGAAAUGAUUAGCAACGUUUGCUCGCAAGAGAGUUCCUGCAUAGACCAUGAGGGUUCAAAGGUUUAUAAGGGGCUAAAGCCUAUGAUUGCAAAAGAUGUCAAAAUGACCAGUGUAGAGCUAGUUAGCUAUGUUGAGAUUUUAGACAAAGCCCUAGAUGUUGAAUAUAUGGAAGAUUGUAUCUGGAAAUACAAUGCUUCAAGGAGGGAGACAAACAAGAAAAAGGCCUUAAAAGAGAAAAAUAAGAAGAAGGCCCAAGAGAGUCAAAGUAGUGGCAUUGAUAAGAGGCCUAAAGCCACAGCUCCAAAUGGUAACAAUUAUAAUAACCACAAUAAUCACAACAACAAUAAUAAUCAUGGAAACCACCAGAAUCAUAGAACUGAGUACCCCAACUUUCCUAAGUGCUCACGCAAACAUUUAGGGGAAUGUUAG